AUGGGUAUACGAGUAGUGGUUUUCGGAGAAGUAUGGAGGUAUGAAAGUAUGGAGUAUGCGAUGGAUCGAGGAGUCCGUACUCGAUUACAUCUUACCUAUGGUUAUGAUUUGGAUUACAUUUGA